AUGGCAGACAUUAUAGUAAAAUUCCAAACCCAACAGGACAAAUCUGCAGUCAUGGCAGCGGCCCGAGGGAAAACCCCUAUAUCAUUUGAAGAAUCUCAACUACUAUUAUUCUCCGAUAUAAAGAGAGGAACACUUAACUGGCGGAAAUCACUUCAACCCAGUUUACUACUCCUGAGGUCCAACAACAUCCAGUACAGCUGGGGUACACCACGCCUCAUGACCUUUACCUCCCAAGGAACUCUGUACCGCGCUCGGAGCCGACAAGAACUUGCCACUCACCUGCGCCAACUGGGCCUGACAUCACCGCACCCAGAACCCACGACCUCACUGCCCAGGCUGGACCCUACCACUGCAAGGGAAUUUAUACCCAGGUCGUUCCAGCAUGCCAAACCAGCAGGCAACAUCACUUGA